CGCCCGGCACGUGACGCGCGCAGGAAUGCUAAUGAAUUAUGGCAUUUUUCUCCCCCUGCUCCGCCGUCUAAGGGAGAAGGAGCAGGCGGCGGACGAGGGGCACCGCCAGGUCGCCGGCAAGGUGGCCCCGCGGCGGCGGCGGCGGCGUUGGCCAGGCCCGGGCGCCCGGCUGGCGGUGGCGGGGUGGCAGCCGGGGCGCCCCGCCGAGCCCGCAGCCCGGCCUUAACCCUUUGGAGGCGACUCUGUCAUGGCUGGCGGGGGCCGCUCCGCCCGGCCGCCCCGCCGGGCCGCAGCCUGACCGGCGCCCCCCCCGCCCCGCCGCCAUGGAGAACGAGCAGCUCCCGGCGCCCGCCGCCGCCAGCAGCGCCGGCAGCACCGGCGCGACGCCCAGCAGCAGCGGCAGCGGCCGCCAGCCCGGCCCGCAGAUCUCCGUCUACAGCGGCAUCCCCGACCGCCAGACCGUGCAGGUGAUCCAGCAGGCGCUGCACCGGCAGCCCAACACGGCGGCGCAGUACCUGCAGCAGAUGUACGCGGCGCAGCAGCAGCACCUCAUGCUGCAGACGGCCGCCCUGCAGCAGCAGCACCUCACCAGCGCCCAGCUCCAGAGCCUCGCCGCCGUGCAGCAGGCGAGCCUGGCAGCCAACAGGCAGAGCGGCCCGUCGGGCGGCAGCGGGCCGCCGCCGGCGCCGGCGCAGCAGCCCACGAUCAACCUGGCGGCGGCGCCGGCGGCCGCGCAGCUCAUCAACCGGGCGCAGAGCGUCAACUCGGCGGCGGCCUCGGGCAUCGCGCAGCAAGCGGUGCUGCUGGGCAACGCCGCCUCGCCCGCCCUCACCGCCAGCCAGGCCCAGAUGUACCUGCGCGCCCAGAUGCUCAUCUUCACCCCCACGGCCACCGUCACCGCCGUCCGGCCCGAGAGCCCCGCGGCGCCCGCCGCCCCGCCGCCCGCCGCCGCCGCCCAGGUGAGCCCCAGGCGCCCCGCGGCCCCCCCGCGCCCCGCGCCCCCUCACCCGCUGCCCUUGCAGGUGCAGAACCUGGCCCUGCGCCCCGCCGCCGCCCCCGCCGGCCCCCACCUCCCCGCCCUGGCCAUGAAGCCCCCCGGCCCCCCCAAGCCCGCCGCCCCCAAGGCCGGCCCGCCCGAGCCCCCCGCCGAGCACCUCAAGAAGGGGGACGCCGCCGACGCCCGCGCCCACCCCCUGGCCCGCGCCGCCCCCGCCGCCGCCCACCCGCUCAUCGCCCCAGCCUACGCCCAGCUGCAGCCGCACCAGUUCCUGCAGCAGCAGCAGAAGCAGCUCCAGCAGCAGUUCGUGAUCCAGCAGCAGCAGCUGGCGCCGCGGGCCCAGCCCCAGCUCAUCCAGGGCGGCCCCGGCCCCGCGCCCCCGCUCCAGCCGCUGCCCUCGCCCGGCCCCGGCCCGGCCCCGCCGCCCAGCCCCGGGCAGCCCAAACCCGCCGGCGGCCCCGCGGCGGCGGCGGCGGCGGCGGGGGCCGAGGCGCCCAACGGCCACGGCGCCCCGCGCAAGUACCAGCACGCCUCCGCCGUCAUCCUGCAGCUGCAGCCCGCCGCCACGCCCCCGCUCGGCCUCGCCGAGGGCUCCCGCAAGGACCCGCCGCCCGCCGCCAGCCCGCCCGCCGCCCCGCCGCCGCCGCCCGCCGCCCGCUCGCCGCCCGCCGCCGCCCCCCCCCGGCCCGAGGAGCCCCGCGGCGACCGGCCCCCCGCUCACGAGACGGGCCCCGAGCGCGUUCAUGCGCAGCCCGCCGCCGCCGGCCCCGGCAUGACCUCGGGCACCGGGAGCUCUGCCGCCACCGCCACCGUCGCCGCCGCCCCGCACAAUGGUGAGAACAAGCCGCCGCAGGCCAUCGUGAAGCCCCAGAUCCUGACGCACGUUAUCGAGGGCUUCGUCAUCCAGGAGGGCGCCGAGCCGUUCCCGGUGGGGCGCUCCUCGCUGCUGGUGGGCAGCCUGAAGCAGAAGUAUGCGCAGGAGCUGCUGGCCGAGAAGCUCCCGCCGCCGGACAACGCCACCACCACCACCACCGACUCGGACAUGGAGGAGCCCUACGCCCAAGAGCCCAAGGAGGAGGGGAACCCCCCGAAGCUGAAGUGCGAGCUCUGCGGCCGCGUCGACUUCGCCUACAAGUUCAAGCGCUCCAAGCGCUUCUGCUCCAUGGCCUGCGCCAAGAGGUACAACGUGGGCUGCACGAAGCGGGUGGGCCUCUUCCACCCCGACCGCAGCAAGCUGCAGAAGCCCGGCGGACCCCCCCACGGGCGCCGCCGGACCUGCAAAGGCGCCUUGCCUGCCCUGAGCAAAGAUGCCAAGAAACAGAGCCCGGUUUCUCUCCCGACGGGCUCGGUGCCUCUCUCCGUGACGACGUCGCUGCAGCUCAACCACAGCCAGGAGGAUUCAAGCCGCUGCUCGGACAACUCGAGCUACGAGGAGCCGCUGUCGCCCAUCUCGGCCAGCUCAUCCACCUCGCGACGGCGCCAGGGCGACCGCGACCUCGAGCUGCGCGACAUGGAGCUGCCCGACAUGCACAUGCGGGACCUGGCGGGCAUCGGGCACCGCUUCCUGCCCAGCGAGCCCAGCAAGUGGAACGUGGAGGACGUCUACGAGUUCAUCCGCUCGCUGCCCGGCUGCCAGGAGAUCGCGGAGGAGUUCAGGGCGCAGGAGAUCGACGGGCAGGCCCUGCUGCUGCUGAAGGAAGACCACCUCAUGAGCACCAUGAACAUCAAACUGGGCCCGGCCCUCAAGAUAUACGCCCGCAUCAGCAUGUUGAAGGACUCCUAGAGCUGCCACGCUCGCACGAACACUCCCGCUGGGGUGGGCAGCGGUGGGGGGAGGUGGGAGGGACAAGGGGCCCCCCCUGCGCUCCCCCCGCCGCCGGGAGGGAGGGUGGGGGGAGGAUUCACUUGCUGAGCACAAAGGGCCCCUCUGCGCCCCCCUGGCCGGCGGCGGGGCCGGGGGCGCAGCUCUGCCGCAGGGAUGUGUAUAUAGUCUGUAGCGUUAGCUUCCCCUUGUACCGCCCCGGGGGGGGCCAGGGGGCUGGCCGGGGUGGGGGGGUGGCCUCCCCCCAGGGUGGGGGGUGGCUGGCCCCCCUACCCCGGGCCUUACCCCACCCAGCAGGGUGAAACAGGACGGUUGCCUUAAAGUUGGGCGCGUGGUCGUGCUGGCGGCCCCCCCUUAUGGGCUCGGCCACCCGCCCCAGGGAGGGAAUAGCCCCCUUUCAGGGCGCCUGGCGGAGAAGGGGCCCCCCCAGAGCUGGGGUGUGUUCCCUGCCCUCCCCGCGCCACCCCCCCGGUUCGGGGGGCACAGCGGAGGAUGGUCGCAGCUGCGCGGUGGGAGUUCGGUCCCCCUGAGGCAGGUAAGGAUCCCCCCGCGGGCCCCUCGCCACCACAGCCCGGCCACCAUGGUCUUUUUAAGAAGAGGAGAAAAAAGAAGGAGGAAAAAAAAAAAAAAAGAAAACCACACACAAAACAGAACCCUUUUUUUCCUGUUUUUGUUUAUAAUAAACACUGAAAAAGAAAA